CCUGAAAGGACCCAUUAACUCAACGGGGACUGGCAGGCAUAGCGGUGGAUGUGCGGCGUAGUAAAUGCGAUCCUGAUGACAACGUUCUGCUUAUGAUAUCGCGGAGAAAAGAAAACAGGGAGACGCGGUGCUGGAACUGCUAGCGCAUAUCUGGUGGAUUAUUUAUAAACAGAUAUCUGAGAUUUUUGUCGUCGGGGAUAUGUGCAUGCAGUAGCUUUUUUUGUAGUAUUUAUAUGUAAUUCUCAAAUCCACGGCGCAGAGUUGAAUGAGAUGAGCCUACUGGGUGGCUAUAAGAAAAAGACCUGCAGUUACGAUGGCUAUGAAUCUUUACAGUUGGUCGAUAGCAGCGGUAACUUCAAUAACGGUGGAGGGAGAGGCAGCGGAAUCGGCGGCGGCUCGGUAGCAGCAACCCUAGGAGGACCGAAGGCAGGCCCACUGCGCGAGGACGACUGCAGCACCAUGGACAGCUCAGGUCCUCCAUCUCCAGAUAUGGAUGCCAACUAUGGCGGAGGGCUGCUGGAUAUGGUGAAAGGCGGAGCCGGCAAGUUCUUCAGCAACUUCAAGGAUAACCUGAAGGACACACUCAAAGACACCUCCACUAAAGUCAUGCACCAGGUGGCCACGUACACAAAAGGAGAGCUGGACAUUGCCUACAUCACAUCACGAAUCAUAGUGAUGUCAUAUCCUGCGGAGGCGUUGCAGAUCGGCAACCAGAACCAUGUGGAGGACAUCCGCUCUUUCCUGGACUCACGGCACGCUGACCACUACACCGUCUUCAACCUGUCACAGCGCAACUAUCGUGGCGCCAAGUUCUCCAACCGGGUCUCGGAGUGUAACUGGCCGCCCCGCCAGGCUCCCAGCCUGCACAACCUGUUUGCGGUGUGUAAGAACAUGCACAACUGGCUCAAACAGAACCCCAAGAAUGUGUGUGUCAUCACCUGCUCGGAUGGGCGUGCUCCCUCGGGUGUGCUGGUCUGUGCCAUGUUCUGCUUUUGCCACCUCUUCAGCAACCCAGUGCCCGCCAUGCAGCUACUCAGCGCCAAGAGACCCGGCUCAGGCCUCUGGCCCUCGCACCGGAGGUACAUAGGCUAUGUGUGCAGUAUGGUAUCAGAGAAGCCCUCCCUGCCCCACUCAAAGCCCCUGGUGGUCAAGGCGGUCACCAUGAGUCCAGUACCCUGCUUCAACAAACAACGCAUCGGCUGCAGACCUUUCUGUGAGGUCCUCAUAGGGGAGACUAAGAUCUUCUCUACGGCACAGGACUAUGAGAGGAUGCGAGAGCACAGGGUCCAGGAUGGGAAGGUGGUCUUCCCUCUAGGUGUGAAUGUCCAGGGUGAUGUGGUCAUCUCUGUCUAUCAUAUGAGAAACACCAUAGGAGGACGACUGCAGGCCAAGGUGUCCAACACCCAGAUACUCCAGAUCCAGUUCCACACAGGCUUCAUCGCUCCAGGGACAACCGUGUUAAAGUUUACAAAGCCGGAGCUGGAUGCGUGUGACUCUCCAGAGAAGUACCCACAACUGUUCCAUGUGUUGGUGGACAUUGAGGUGGAGGGUACAGACAAGCAGAAGGACCUGACCCCUCCCUGGGAACAGUUCCCUAAUAAAGACCUGAUCCCCAACGUACUGUUCUCAUGUCACCAAGAGCACCAGGACGCCCUCGCCAUCGCAGAGCCAAGCCGGUCCCACAGUGGUUCAGACAGUCGCCCUCACGGGGAGGACAGUGAGCCAUCUGAUGAUGAGAUGCUGUCCCUGUCCAGCCAGCAGAGCAACGCUAGCGGAGAGCGACACGGAGGGGCUCAGGCUGGCCCCAGGGGCCCCAAGAGACCAGAGCAGCCUCAGGCCCUCGCCACUGCUCCUCCUCCCCCAGAAGAGAUGGACCUCCUGGGCCUGGAUGGGGCUGCUGUGAACUGCCCCUGCCCCAAACCCCAGCCCCCCACCACCAACACCACCACAGACCUCCUGGGGGAUCUGUUUGGAGCCUCCCCACAGCCCCCGCCUGGGAGUGGGCCCGCCUCGGCCCAGUCCACCCCCCAGAAAAUAGCCCCUCCCUCCACCUCCCCUUGCCCCUCCCCAGCAUUCGACCCAUUUGGGGCGGGUCCGAUGCCCAAGCCCCAGGAGCUGAUGGGUUCCUUCCGGGGUCCAGCAGGUAACCUUGGUAACCUGGGGCUGCCUGCCCCCCUCCUGCAUGCAGCUCGCUCUCCGUCCCCCACUAUGCAGAACACUGGCAAGGGACGGAGCUCCCCAGUCCCGCCCACCACCCCUGUGGUCACCAUUCAGCAGCCUCCCAACGCCAUGGGAGGAUGGGACUGGAACAAGUCUGCAGCUCCAGGAGGGGGUUUUGGUAUGGGCAGUAGGUCAGCCAGCACCAGUCCUACCGGAUCAGUCCACAGCACCCCCACACACCAGGUCAAACCCAAGACCCUGGACCCAUUCGCUGAUAUUGGAAACCUGGGGGGCAGUCUGGGAGGAGGCUCUGGCUUCUCCAGUAAGCCUACCACCCCUACAGGCACCACCCCUGCCUUCCCACCCAUGGGCUCCCCUUCACGGCCUCCUCCCUCGCCCCAGCACGGUGGGGGCUGGCAGGCUAACACAGGCUUCCCCUCGUGGCAGCCCGGUGGUGGCGGUGGUGGAGGGCAGGCAGGGUGGCAGCCCCAACCCCAGGGUCAGGGUGGCCCACCCUCCCAGCCCAAACCCAGCCCCAGCCACUCCAUGCCGCACACCUCCCCCUCCAACAGACCCAACUACAACAUCAGUUUCUCUGCCAUGGGAGGAGGGGCUGCUCCCAAUGCAGCCGGGAAACCACAGCCAAACAUGGGUACCAAGCCCAAAGUUGCAACGGCUAACUUCGAUGACCUGCUGUCUGGCCAAGGCUUUGCUGGAGCCAAAAAGAAGGAAGGUCCCAGGACAAUAGCAGAGAUGAGGAAGGAGGAGAUGGCUAAAGAGAUGGACCCCGAGAAACUCAAGAUUCUGGAUUGGAUCGAGGGGAAGGAGCGUAACAUCCGGGCCUUGCUGUCCACCAUGCACACAGUGCUCUGGGAGGGGGAGACCCGCUGGAAGCCUGUAGGCAUGGCUGACCUGGUGACCCCAGAGCAGGUCAAGAAGGUUUACCGCAAAGCCGUGCUGGUGGUCCAUCCAGACAAGGCCACGGGACAGCCCUAUGAACAAUAUGCCAAGAUGAUAUUUAUGGAACUGAAUGACGCCUGGUCAGAAUUUGACAGCCAAGGACAGAAAGCACUCUACUGAGCUGAUAGAAAAAGAGAGAACGCGAGACAGGCUUCGUGCCCACCCACCCCUGACCCCUCCGUGAACAAUAAUCAAGCUCCCACCAGAUCUGUGACUCCCGUCGCCUUCUCUUCUCUUUACUGCCCCGUGGACUCCGUAGAGACCUCAAUAGCCAGACUAACAGUGUAACCGUGUCAGAAAAAGAUCUGCCGACCCACCUAUCUUAUGUCUAUCUGGUGGCAGCACUCUCCAACAAGAACUGUUCAAUGCUGUCCCUACGUGUCCUAGUCCUGAACCAAGCAACGCAGAGUCAUCCAGCAGUCUAUGGAGACACAUCACCAAAUAGCGAUACUGUCCACCUAAUGCACUGGACACAGGUGAUAAUGACACACCUGUAGUCACAGUGUGGUUAGUCACAGGUGAUAAUGACACACCUCUAGUCACAGUGUGGUUAGUCACAGGUGAUAACGACACGCCUGUGGUCACAGUGUGGUUAGUCACAGGUGCUGUGUAACAGCCAGGAUAUGACUGUAUGAACUAUAAUCGCCAAGGAAGAUGUUUUAUCAAUGUUUUACUGUCAAAUAACAACAAAAGAGACUCAGUGUUUCAAAAAAGCACAACUGGCUGGUUCGAGUGUUUAGAAAGGUGCAGUACGUCAUUAGGUUAGUCUGGUGACUCGUUUGCAGCCUGUAGUCACUCUAAAGGUACUCAUUCGCGUCUUUACAGUCACUGUCCGGUGUCUACAGUCUCAUAGGAACCAGGGUGUAAAAUAUAUCAUAGAAUAAUUCCAUAUCACACUACUGUACUUAUCUAAGAACCAAACUGCUGCUGCUAGUGUUUCCAUCGGGCUCAUCAACGCCAUUAGUCGUGUAUUUACUUUCAAUGAUGUUAACUUAUUCACUUGUACUAUCGGAUGUUUGUGUCAUACUGUGAUGCUUAUGUCUAUGUUGAUCCCUCCCAAAGAAGAACUGGUGUUUUAUUUUGGAGAAUGUUUCAGUGAAAUACAGUGGGGGUCUUUUUCCUGUCCCUCUAAUGUCUCUCUCGGAAGCCUUUGCUAUUGACCCACGAGUGAAAUGACGUUUUAAUCCAAGGCCACAUGUCACUGAUGUCGUUUGCAGAUGGGUGUUUCAAAAUAUGGUAUCUGGUGUAGGACAAAUAACCCAUCAAGCAAUUUUAUGUUUAUGUGCAUCUGCUUCAGUAAGAGCCCCCCCGUUUGUUUGAAGCAUAUAUUUUCUGCAUGCACUGACUGGGACCACUUAUUGAAGACUUGGACUUUAUUUUACUGCAUAUGGUGGCACAUCAUUUCAUAAUACAUGCUCAUGAUACUGGCGUUUUGUUUGACUACUAUCCAGACCCUAACAUGGAGCCAUCUCUCCCUCAUCUGUGUGUCAGCACUCUGAAAGGAUUUCAUGAGAACAUACAAUACCUGACAUGUACAACCAUGUCUUAACAUACCGAAAGCUGCAUAUCAAUGUUUCAGCAAGGCUUGUUCUCUCUUAUCUGUGUGGACCAUUUCGCUAAACGAGAACAAGAGAGACACUGCACAUCUAUUUCAUCUGAUACAACCACUCACUUGUUUUUUUUUCUCUCUGCUUGUAUACUGACACUGUCAAACCUUUCCUGGGUUCCAUCCUUUGUGAAAUGGUACCGCCUGGGUUGUGGACAACGUGUACACUGACUGACCACUGAGCAGUGCAGAACUAAAGAGGCUGUCUGUCCGCUGUAGGCUAUGAUGCUUUUUCUGGUGACUAUACCAAUGGCAGGAGUUGUGACUGUGUAGUAUGUAUGUAUGUACAGUAUGUAUGUACACUGAGGUUGUGUGUGUGUUUGUGAGAUAAGCCCUAUAUGCUCCCUUGCUGAUUGAAAUCUCUGUCUACCUGCAAUCUUAAGGCAAUGUUAAAACGCUAAACCUCUCUAUAUAGUGGAUGUGUGUUGUGGAAACCGCUGCACGUACAUGAGGAUGUGAUACGAUUUGGAUACAACUACUGUACGUGUUUGCUUGUCUGCUGUAAAAGCAUUACUACUAAAAGUGUUAACUUGUGUUUCUCUUUGUGGGUUCUGUUUACCCUCACAGGAUGUACAUAGUGAUGACGUGAUGAGGUGCAAUGCACAAAUAAAUAGAGAAGUAGAACAUGGAGUGAGAAACAACAGA